AUGCGUUGUUCUUCUGUGUUGCAGUUUCGGGCAUCGUCAUGUUACUCAGGGAGAAUAAGGAAUCGAGUCGAGAGAUACACAAAGUUGGGAGAAGUGCGACCGUAUAAGUCUAAAUGGGAAGAUGAGAGGACUAUGCAUAAAGAGAAGGCCCUUGUGAUGAGGAAGAAUCUCAGCCAGGUGAAAAAUGCAUCAGCCGUCAGUCUGACUGAGAAAACAUUGGGGCUGAGAUUUGAUGAGAUAGGGCCCCGUACUCCCUUCACUGAGGAACAACUCAAUAAGCUUUAUUCGCAGCCCAAUAAGCGACUGCUCUAUAACGUUUUGGGUACCACCGGAUGGCAGCUGCAAGACUCAAUGGUGGUUAAAGAGGAUACACUCAAAUUCCUGAGACAUGGCCAACCAGAGAGGGCUAUGUUACUGGCUCGUAUGGCUAAAGAAAAUGGUGCAAGUGCCAUGGACUCAAUAAUGCAGUUUUAUCUGGAGGCCAACAACGUGAACAAAGCCUUUGAAAUUUUCACCGAGAGGAAGAGAAUGGGAAUACCUCUCACUGAUUUCACAUUGACCAUUCUGUUCAAGGGUUGUUCUGGAGUGAAGGGUUAUGAUCGUGGCCCAGGACUCACUCAGAAACAGGGAGAGAGGUUGAGGUCGAUUUUCACUAACCAGUUCUCAAAAGAUGAAGAGUCCGUCAACGUGAUCAAUGCUAACGCCUGUCUUCUUGCACUUUUCAAUUGUCCAGACUCAAGUCUGGCAUUUUCAUUCUUCGACUCAUACAGGGACUACAACGUAAAGCCAGAUGUCAAGACAUUGACGAUUAUCUUCACCGCGCUGAAGAAUUUCAAUGAUAAGGCCAGUGCAAUCCAGAAGGCAGACUCUCUUUUCUCGUGGGUUAUUGGUCAUCCACGAAUCAAGAUCGACCCGAUACUGGCAGGAAGCUAUAUUUGUGUUUACACUCUUUCCAAGUCCCCUCGUGUGAUAGCUAGGGGGAUGGAGCUGCUCAAGAGAUGGUUUAAAAUAUGUCCAGUGGCAGACGUGAAUAAGUCUGUCAAGUACGACGACGUCUUGAAGUUCCAGAACUUGAAGCCUAAUAGAAAGGAUGAGGUUGCAACGGGUAUUUCAUUUGCUCCACUCGAUAAAGUCAGCCCUAUUGAUGGUCGCAGAUAUACACCGAGUGCAUCGGUGCUUGAAAUGGCCAUGCUAUCGUAUGAUAGUUUGAAGCUUUCGCAAGAGACCGUUUCAACCUUUCAGCUAUAUUCCAGGUAUAAAGUCCCGGUGGAGCUCCGGACACUCAAUAUGUACCUCAGGGCAUUGCUCAGAUCAGGAUAUGAAAUUGGAGUCCCUGCCGCGGAAAAUGUUGUGUUUAAAGCAAUCGACGAGCUCAAUACCAACCGCAUGACACCAAACUCACUGACAUUGGCCUCGUUCAGCGGACAUUUGCAGAGAUACAUAUUGGAUUCCAGAAAUGUUGAAACCGAAGGAAUCAACAAUGAAAUGUUUAAACUCGUGAAAAAAUAUUGUGACUCCAUGAACAAGUUCAAAAUUGACGGUUUGAGACUUCGAUUACUCGAUGACGUUCUUGGCCUGGCAAAUAAGAUUCAGGGCUUGUCCAAAGCGCAUCUGGAAUUCUUUGUGUCUUAUUAUUGCACCACAGUUUUCAGAUACGGCGUCGAAUACACACUCCCAUACAAGAGCUGGAUACUGCUAGACACAAAGUUGCUUGAUAUAAUUCGAAAGCUGAGUGAACAUCAAACGAACACUAGUGACCCACUGUUUCACGCUAUCCACAGACUCUACAACUCGACAUACGCCAACAUGAGAUCAUUUCCGAGCAAGAGAGGAGGAAAGGUACCAGAAUUCAGCCCGCUCGAAAAUUCAGAGGGUGAUGAGCCGCUGGCAGGAAAUGGUCCUCCAUCUGGUGAACAGAAAGCUUUUAACGCAAAGCGUGAAGCUAUCGAACAGUACCUCCGUCUUAAAGGCGGAUUACCGCAGCACGACCAAGACUUGUAA